AUGCCGAUGCACGCUCAACGUUUGAUCAUUGAACAGGCUUUUAUGACAAAAACGGGAGCCUCACAUCCUCCCAGCUCUCCGCAGAGGACGGCCAAUUCUCUCAUGAACAUCAGCAAGGUGCUGAUCCUCGAGACGCUCUACGAGCUGCUGCUCAACGGCCAGACAAACCGAGUUUCGUUAGUGAGACUCCAAGCCGAUGUCAAUGACCACCCCAUGACGAAGCAGCUGGCGCACCAAUGGCAGACACUCAAGAUUAACGAUAUUCUGGACGUGAUCAAGCUGCUGUUUCCCAAGCAAACGUCGCUAAGCGACGGCCAGAUUAUCUUCUACAACCUGCAGAUAGUCGAAAUCCGCGACACGCUGCUCGACGUGGUGCGCGAGUGCCAGGACACGCUAGUCAAGGACGUGAAGCAGCUGGAGCAGCAGUACCAGGCCAUCAAGAGCCACGACGACAUGAAAAUACGCCGGGAGCGCAUCAUGGGCAUGUACCGCGACACCAUCCUUGCGAAGCUGCAGAGCUUCCAGCACUUCCACCGCCUCUACAGCAAGCUGGACCCGAGCCCAGUUGUGCGUGACAUGAUGGACCUGGAGCGCAUCAAGGCCACCUCCAUCGAAAACCUCUCCCACCUCCAGCACAUCCUCCAGAAAUGCGUCACCGACAGCGUCAUGACCACCAAGGCUGGCUCCGACCGCUACCGCGAGAUAAUCCUUUCCCAGGGCGAACUGGACGACACCGUGAAGUUUGUGCGCUAUGCGAUGGACAAUUAA